UAUUUACCUGGUUCUUGCAAACUUUCUGACCCCUAAGAAAUGUGGAAACGAUAUGACCUAAAAUUUCAUCAAGAUCAAUGUGAUGUCAAGUGCAGUUUAUAACCUGCUGCCAAAGCCUGCAGUGCCACUGUAUCUGUAAGUGAGCCAAGAGUUUCUCUCUGCAUGUGCAAGGCCCUAGGUGUCAAGUAGAGACAGCGGUCGCAAUGUAAAAGCUUGUGUCAGGAUAUGUUUACCUGUCUAAACCUAACAAGUGGAAAGAUAAAUGUCCUAACACCACUCAUCCAUCCCAAGUUGCUUUACUGUAAUGUUCGAUUGGUAUGAAAAAUAACCAAGACUAUGUAAAUGUACCAUCCAGGCAUAACUCUGACGAUCAAAAUAUAGGUUGUGUUUUUGAGUUGUGAGUCAAUUAUGACUGAAGUGCGAUGGAGAGCUGAUCUCCUGUUUCAGGAGACUGAGCUGAGAGAUGAUGAUAUAGAGGGAUGUCUUGUUUACGGUCACACACAAACAGAGCCAGAGGAUGGAAACUAAGCAGACUUGUAUUUAAUUCUUUCAGAUUACAAGGAGAUGGCAUCUUAAAUCAGACCACCCUGUUGAAUACACCUGUCUGAAUGCUCUUCGGGAACAAGGAGACCGUGGCAGGAUCAUCAGGCUGGUUGUGGCGUCGCCCCAGUCCCAUCUCACUGAGGAACAGAGGAGUCCCCCGAGAAACGCACAGUGAUGGAGGUGCCACUGGUGAACUUUGAGAACAUGGAUGAUAUCGGCAUCAACAUGGGCGACCCCAGUGAGUCGGGGUACCCCACUUCACCCACCUCAGAGGCGGUGCCUGAUCAAAACCUAGUCACCAAUCGUGUGACGUCACAAAAUUCGGCACAGCACCGUGGGCACCAGAUCAGGCCUGAGGGGUUUUCUCCCUCUACACCACCUACACUGACUGCUAAAGGACAAUCUAGAUGCAACAGUCUGCUGUCCAACUUCAAACUCCUGAUGAACAGUGAGGGUUCGCCGAUUGACAGCAUCUUCAAUCAGCUGGUUCAGGAGUGCCGUGACAACGAAGAAGACCUGUUUGGUGAGAAGCUGGAAGUGAAGGACGGGAAUCAGAAAGUGGUCAUCAAUAUUUCAGGCAUGAUGUUCGAGACACAACUAAAAACACUAUCACAGUUUCCAGACACCCUGCUAGGAGACCCCGCAAAAAGGAUGUACUACUUCGACCCCAUGAAGAACGAGUACUUUUUCGACAGGAAUCGUCCAAGCUUCGAUGGGAUCUUGUACUUCUAUCAGUCUGGGGGCAAAAUUCGAAGACCGGUCAACGUCCCCUUAGAGAUUUUUGCAAAAGAGAUUGUCUUCUACAAAUUAGGAAAAGAAGCUAUGGAACAGUUCCGUGAAAUUGAGGGGUUCAUAACAGAACCUGAGCCGCUGUUGCCCACCAACGAGGUCCAUAAGCAGUUUUGGCUCCUUUUUGAGUAUCCAGAGAGUUCCAGUGCAGCUCGGUCAGUGGCCCUGGUGUCUGUCUUUGUCAUUGUCAUCUCCAUCUUCAUUUUCUGCCUGGAAACUCUUCCAGAGUUCCGUGAUGACGUAGACUUUAUCACCACCUUUUCCCUGGGUCUCAAUGGAACUCAGGAAGGACCUGCUUCAGUACAAAACAACUUGUUUGCCUAUUUCACAGACCCCUUUUUCAUUGUGGAAACUAUCUGCAUAGUUUGGUUCUGCUUUGAGCUUGGUGUACGCUUUGUGGUCUGCCCGAGCAAAAGUGACUUCUUCCACAACAUUAUGAACACCAUUGACAUUGUCUCUAUAAUCCCCUAUUUUGUAACCAUGGUGACAGAGCUGUGGACCACGCCAGAUACAGACAUCAACUCCAGCCAGAACAUGUCACUGGCCAUCUUACGCAUCAUCCGUCUAGUGCGAGUCUUCCGAAUCUUCAAGCUCUCGCGGCACUCCAAGGGGCUUCAGAUCCUGGGCCAAACCCUGAAAGCUAGUAUGAGGGAGCUGGGUCUGCUGAUCUUCUUCCUCUUUAUUGGAGUCAUACUCUUCUCCAGUGCCAUCUACUUUGCUGAGGUGGACGAGCCCCAAACACAGUUUGUCAGUAUCCCUGACGGGUUCUGGUGGGCUGUGGUGACAAUGACCACUGUGGGAUACGGGGACAUGUGUCCUACUACUCUGGGGGGCAAAAUGGUGGGGACUCUUUGCGCCAUUGCCGGCGUGUUGACCAUCGCCUUACCCGUCCCUGUUAUCGUCUCCAACUUUAACUAUUUCUACCACCGGGAGACAGAGCAAGCAGAGAAACAAGUGAUUGAUGAUGCGACAGAGGCUGCUCAGAAAGUAUCUGACGCAAACAGAUAUGAGUAUGGUAGUGCAACCUCUCCUAGCAUGAGCAAAAUCAAUGGUAGAGUGCAGGAUGACAGGAAUGACAUGUAAUCUGUUGAUCAUUGAAGUUAUUAUAACCAAGGGCAUGACAAACUAAGAAAUCAAACAUAUCUAAAUACUAAAAUGCACUGAUUUAAUUUUUGUUUCUGUAUUUUAUAUUCCAUUCAUAGCAGCGUUUGUGCACAUGGUAUAGUAUUCAUCUCUCACAAUAUUCAAAAUAAGAAGCUAAUA